GUGUGCUUUAAAGAAAGAAAAAGAACAGAAGAGGCAGUUAACUGAAACAUUACUUUCUUCUACCAAACCGACGAGCAUUUAGAUUCUUGAAAAAAAACCCAGAUUUCAAAAUUGAAAACUUUGUUGUUAUUGGGAAAAGAAAGGAUCUUUAAUUGACUGUAAUUAAGUUUUUUUCUUCUGACAUAGAAAUUCAAUAAGAAAGAAGGUAGAAGAAUUUUCUCCCCCAAUUAGCAACCCUGGCGUUCAUAGAUAUAUUUGUUGAAGAAAAUAAACAAGAAGAAGAUCAACAAGGGGAAACUGUUUGGCUCUUUCAAGAAGAAGGGAAAAGUGAGCCAAAUAUGGUAGCUGAUAAUGGUGAUGAACCAGAUGAUGAUAAUAAUAAGUUAACUCUUCAUGUCCCUGAAACUUCCCAUCAAAUUAGCACUGAUUCAUGGUUCCAAGCUGGUUUUGUCUUAACCACUGGAAUCAACAGUGUAUUUGUCUUGGGAUAUUCUGGAACCAUCAUGGUCCCCCUUGGUUGGGUCGGAGGUGUAGUUGGUUUGCUUUUAGCCACCGCGAUAUCAUUAUACGCAAACAUGCUUGUUGCCAAGCUUCAUGAAUUUGACGGGAAGAGGCAUAUCAGAUACCGCGAUCUCGCAGGACAAAUAUAUGGUAGGGAAGCUUAUUAUAUUACGUGGGCAUUACAAUACGUCAAUCUGUUCAUGAUCAAUAUCGGGUAUCUCAUUUUGGGUGGUUCCGCUUUAAAGGCUUUUUAUGUACUUUUCAACGAGGAACAUACUUUAAAGCUUCCGCACUUUAUUGCCAUAGAAGGAGUUGUGUGUAUUUUGUUUGCCAUUUCGACACCCCAUCUCUCGUCUCUAAGAAUAUGGCUUGGAUGUUCAACGGUUCUCAGCCUGAUAUAUAUCAUUGUGGCGUGCGUGCUGGCAACUAAGGAUGGACUCAAUGCUCCGCCUAGAGAUUAUACCAUACAUUGGACAUCAACCACCAGCCGGAUUUUUUCAACCAUUGGGGCAUCUGCAAAUCUCGUUUUUGCAUUCAAUACCGGAAUGCUUCCCGAAAUACAGGCAACGGUGAGGCAGCCUGCGGUGAAGAACAUGUUGAAAGCUUUAUACUUUCAGUUCUCUGUUGGAGUUGUACCGAUGUAUGCCGUUACCUUCAUCGGCUACUGGGCUUACGGAUCUUCAACGGCAACAUAUUUACUUAACAGUGCAACCGGUCCACUUUGGGUCAAGGCAUCUGCAAACAUUUCCGCUUUCCUACAAUCCGUCAUCGCUUUACACAUAUUCGCGAGUCCAGCUUACGAGUACUUAGACACUAAGUUUGGGAUCACUGGAAGUGCGUUGAAACUACAAAACAUAGCCUUUCGAAUCUUAGCUCGAGGCAGCUACCUUACAAUCAGCACGCUAGUAUCGGCCAUGUUACCAUUCCUCGGAGAUUUCGAGAGCCUAACGGGAGCAUUAAGCACGUUCCCUCUAACAUUCAUCCUCGCUAACCACAUGUUCCUCAUGGCGAAGAAGAACAAAUUGAGUUCAUUACAACAAUCAUGGCAUUGGUUAAAUGUUGGGUUCUUUGCACUCAUGUCUGUUGCAGCCACAGUUACAGGUAUAAGACUUAUUAUUGUGGAUUCGAAAGAGUAUCAUAUAUUCGCCGACGUGUGACGAUAAUGCUCGUAAAUUAAUGAAUAGAUGAAGAUGAAGGGGUUGCAGAUAUUGAGAUUACGAACUCGGGGUUGUUACGGGAUGUGCAUGCGUUACGCUGACCGUGUUAAGCCUCGAGUUCGUAUGGAAUUUUAUUACGUAUUCCAUCGCUCGAGUGAUUUUUUUUUCCGGUUACGAUGAGUGUGUAUUCUUUUUUAAUUUGCAACCUCUGAUUCAACUAGAUGUUGAAUAAGGGCUAGUUUAGUAUUGUAAGAAAAAUAGUUUGGUAUAUAUAUAUAUAUAUAUAAAAACUGUGUUUAAAAAGUACUGUGAAGAAAAUAUUAAUAAAAAAUGUUGUGUUGUUUUAAUGAAAA